UGGGAGCAGGGAGGCCCCCAUCCUUUCCCUUCAGACUACCCUUGUUCUCCUCCCUUAGAGCGAAGCCCCAAAUCCUCCCAGGCCCCCGUCUGUGGUCCUGUGCGACUUGCUCCUUACUCCCUAUUUAAUCUCACUCACAGUGAUUUUUUUUUUCCCAUCCCGAAUAUCCAUAAGCCCUCUAUCUCCACUUGGCUUUUAUUUGCUGUUACCGGCUACUGGAGUCCUUCCCCCUACCCCGCCUUGGCCCGGCUGUUUAUCCUACCAGCCUCUCAGCUCCGGGCAGAGAAUCCACUUUCCCCAGGACGCCGUCCGCGAAACUCGGGCUCACUCCCGCACGCCGCGUGCUCCAGUUCUACAGGGGAGCGAAGCAAACAAAAACCAGCGCGCGCGCACACACACGUAAUUUCAAGGUGUUUUACCCGCUACAUUGGAAACUAGAGGCUAAUAAUAAAGAAGAGCGGGGUCUAUUUUAGGGGAAAAACCUAUCAAGAGGUGAAGCUUAAAUUGGUGCUGGAAAGACCAAGCGGAUCUGGAUGAUGUGUUGGAGAAAGCCAAGAAAGCCAAUGUUAUGGCUCUUGUGGUGGUUGCUGAACAUUCAGGAGAAUUUGAAAAGAUUAUGCAGCUUUCAGAAAGGUAUAAUGGAUUUGUCCUGCCAUGCUUGGGUGUUCACCCAGUUCAGGGAGUUUCACCAGAAGACCAAAGAAGUGUCACGUUAAAGGAUUUGGAUGUAGCUUUGCCCAUUAUCGAGAAUUAUAAGGAUCGAUUGUUGGCAAUUGGAGAGGUUGGACUAGAUUUCUCCCCCAGAAUUGCUGGCACUGAUGAACAGAAGGAAGAGCAAAGACAAGUCCUAAUCAGACAGGUCCAAUUAGCCAAAAGACUAAAUUUGCCUUUAAAUGUUCACUCACGUUCAGCUGGAAGACCCACCAUCAGCCUCUUAAAUGAGCAAGGUGCUGACAAAGUGUUGCUGCAUGCAUUUGAUGGUCGGCCAUCUGUAGCCAUGGAAGGAGUAAAAGCUGGGUACUUCUUCUCAAUUCCUCCUUCUAUCAUAAGAAGUGGACAGCUUUCUCUUUUCUCUAAGAAGCAGAAGCUUGUGAAACAGUUGCCUUUAACUUCGAUUUGCUUGGAAACAGAUUCACCUGCACUAGGACCAGAAAAAAAGGUACGGAAUGAGCCCCAAAACAUUUCCAUUUCAGCAGAAUAUAUUGCCCAGGUGAAAGGGAUCUCAGUGGAGGAAGUUAUAGAAGUGACAACACAGAACGCAUUGAAACUAUUUCCCAAGCUUCAGUACCUGCUCCCGAAAUAGCUUCAUAACAAAAUCAACUGCAGAGGGCACUGUUUGAGAAAAAUAAAUGUUCUGAUGAAGAGUCUGAACUGAAGAAGCCAUUGUAUCGGGAUUAUAAUUUUAGAGAAAUAUUUUUCUUAGAAGUAAAACUGGGCUUAGAUCCUAAAACCCUGGGUUCUAAUUCUACCUUGCACUGCUUUUCAAUUAACGGAGUCCUAGCAGGAGAUUGGGAAAUACCACUGCUUCUUACUUUGCCCUGUUAAAUAGAACCACCAAAUGAACUGAAACCAUUUCUUCUGGCAAGGGUGGCUCCCACAGGUAAGAAAUAAGUGCUACUGUGAUGGCAUGGAAUAGGCUAAAGUUUGAUCCUUUACCACCUGUUUGAUUUCCCACAGGAUUUAUCCAGUGAAAGGAGAGCGUCUAGUUUCUUAUACUAUCAGAAAUCUUAUCUUUUCUGGGUUUGCAAAAUUGAACUUUUAGUACUUUGAAUUAUCUCUCAUUUUAAGAGAAAAAUGUGCAAGGUUUUUAUAUUAAUCUUAGAUUUUGACUUAUAAGGCCCAUGGUUCGUGCAAUGACCAUUAAAUACCAAGCCCCACAGUUUAGUUAAUAAAUUGGUUUUAAGUUCCAGUCUGACUUUUGUCACAUGUUUAAAAUGUACAUAGCUCUAUUAAAAAUGUAUCUGACUUUUUUGCAUGCAAUAAUAUUUUAUAUUUUUACGUUUUAAAAAUCUCUGGUAUGAAAAGAGUCCAGUGGAUGGUGGUGAUAGUAGCACAACAGUAUGAAUGUGCUUGAAGCCAUUAAACUAUACCCUUAAAAAUU